ACAAUGUUGUCAUACAAAACAACACAAGAGAGAGAAACCAGGACACAAUUUUCCAAAUCUGUUGUGUAAGUACAUAGAUAUUGACAGACUUUAUAAUGUUUAGUUUCCAAUUUCCAAUGUACAUUUAUUUCUCUCACCUUUCUCUCUCUAGAAGUCAUCUUAUAGUUUGAAAGCUUUCUUUCCCUUUUCGAUUUCCCCUUUCGCCAACUCAAAAUCGAUUCUUUUUCUAAACCCCCAAGCAAAGAUUUCCAAUCCAAAACCCUAAUGACUUUGCCUUGACAAUUCUGGCAAAAUCAAACACCAAAUUACAAAUUCACAGCGUUGAAGACCCAAUUUUGAGAGAAAGAUGUCAUCUUCGUGCCCGUCAAACGGCAUCGUUUUCAACGGGAGCCAGUGCGGGUGUCCGGUCGGACACUUGCUGAACCGGACGGCGAACCGGUGCGUGCUUUUUGCGGCGAACUCUACGAUCGUCACCGACCGGGGUGUUGACAUCUACACGAUAAGCUUUCCGGAGACAAUCUUCGAGUUUGAUUCCAUUAAGAAGUUCACGCAAUCCCAGGCGGUUUUCUUGGAGGCCACGCUCGUCUUGGUUCUGUCGUGGCUUCUUUACUGCUUUUCGCUGAGGUUUAUGAAACUGGGCAAUGAUGGAAGAAGCAUUUGGUUUAGGCUCAGAUGGUGGAUUAGCAGAUUGGACAUUUGUUUCGCCACUAGGCAUUGGCUGGAAGAUCAGAAGGUGGUUAAGAAGAGAAAAACAGAACUUGGUGGAACUUUCUCAAUAGCAAGUUGGAUACUCUUCAUUGGUUUAUUUGCUGCAUUGUUAUACCAAAUCAUAUCUAGGAGAUCCAUUGAGGUGCAUAAUGUGAGAGCAACAAAUGCGCCUGACUUGGCAUCUUUCAUCAAUGACAUGGAGUUUAAUAUCACCGCUAUUUCUAGUAUGAGCUGCUCGAACUUGCGAAAUCUCAGUAGUUUAGUUAUUGGAAGUCCCGGGUUUAUCGACUACAGAGUUGCUCCUUUAUCAAAUUUCGGGAAUUACUCGUGCCAAAAUACUAGUGAAGGACCUACUGUUAUACUUAGAUGCAACGGUUGUCAACCAAUUCGAGACGAUUUGUACAUUUCCUGGCAAUUUGUUGAUCUUCCCAACAGCCCUGCAGCUGCUGUUGGAUUUCAGUUCAACCUUACCACUAGGAAUCAUUACAACAAGAAACAUAUGAGUUAUGUUAGUGGAAUACUAAAGAAUUGGACUUCUUUUGAUAACAGACCAGUUACCUUCAGAGGAAGGAAUACAAACAUAUUGAAAUUCAGUUUAUUUCCGCGAAUUUACCGUAAUCUAAAGGACCUAAGGCUCAUCCAACCUCUAUUUCAUGAGUUUGUCCCUGGGUCUCAUUUUUACGACACACAACAGCUCCAAACAUCCUUGGCUAGCUCAAAUGAUGGACUGCUCAACACCACGGUAUACGUCAAUUUUCUUUCUGCCUACAUUGUAGAGAUAGAUGCUCAAAAUAUUAUGGGUCCUGUGGGCUUCCUAGCUGAUCUUGGUGGUCUGUAUUGCAUCAGCAUUGGCAUUUUUUUCUACUUAAUGGUUCAAUGUGAGUAUAGAAUAAAAAAAUUACGCAAUGAAGAUAGUGUCUUGCGAAGGAUUAGAAAUCGGCGAAAAGCUCUGGAACGCUGGGAUAAAUUGAGGAAAUAUGUUACGUUUACAUGGGGCUGUAGCGCAUCGGAAGAUGUCUAUGACAAUAAGAAGAAUGGAUCAAGUUGUGGUGGUGGCGUGCUAGAAUCAGUUAGCCGAAAAGGAUCAUCCCAUAAGCAUAGGCUACAAAGCAGAAAGGAUUCCAUCAAUAUAAACAAGAAAGUCGCCUCUCCUAGCAUUACAAAGAAGGUUGCUGCUCCAGAUCGUUCCCAAACUAGUGGAGCCAAUUCUUCUACUCCAGGAACUGCUGCAAGUAAUCAGGGGAAGACAGAUCUUCGCGAUGAACCAUCUCAGAAGCAUGGAGUGGUUGGCCCCACAAAUGAUGCAAAGCAGCAAUCUUCCGGAUCAUGUGAGGGAAAUUCUUCCCAGAUUGAAGCAUUUUCUUUAACUAAUGGCAUCAUUCCUCCACCGCCUACACUGGAGUUCAAGGAUGUUCCUGAAAUGGAUAUGUCUGACGUUCAGAAAAAUCUCAAAAGUUUAUACGAAUACAAUGUCAUGCUAAGGGAGAAGUUUGUUGGUAUUCAAUCUGUGCUUAAUGAAUUAGCAGCAAAGUCCUCAGAUCGAGCAAUUAAGUAACUUAAAAGUUAUUUGAGCAAAGUAUGAUCGGAACCAAACUACAUUGCUCAUGAUGCCCAAGUUUCUGUCAGAUUUUGGUUUAAAAACAAAAUUCAGGGAUUUCCUCACCACAUUUCUACUCGGAAAAUCACACGAAAGAUUGUGUUCAAGGCUGUGUCUUCG